UCUAAACCCUAUUAAGCUAUGAACAUUUUAAUUCUAUUGGCAAUUUUAAGCAUUUUACUAUUGAUCUGUGAUAAUGUGAUAGCAACGGAAAAGAAAAACUGGAUGUAUGAACUGACCGAAGUUAAUACCAAAAGUUCAAAUACCGAUUUAAUAAAUAUAAAUCUAAGUAUUGAACGUAUUCAACGUGGAGUUUAUGCUUUGUCCGGAGAGUUCUACGUCAAUAUUGAUAUAACAGAGGGUGAUGGAAAUGAUGUGGAAGUUAAAUCAUUUCGCAGUCCCAAUGGUGAUGGUGUUUAUAAAAGUAUACCAUUGGAAAUGUCACGACGUCAUUUAUAUGAAGCUCUUAAUAGUCAUUAUAAAGAUGUCGUUAUGGAGACAUUUAAGGAUUGUUCAAAUUUGCCAUAUUUUGAAGAUGAAUUUUCACCACCUCUGGAAAAGAAAACCUAUGUACUGAAUAAAUGUCAAUUUUCUCAAGAGGGUUUACCAAAUCAUUUAGAGACGGGUGUAUAUAAGAUUAUUCUAACGGGUUACGGUCAAGUGGAUUGGGAGGUUGAGAUGAUUUUUGAGGUUGAAUCAAAUGAUGAAUAAAAGUGAAAAAUAUUUUUAAACAAAUAUGUGUUAAAAGUGAAUGUUAUUAAAAUAAAAAAAUAUGGAUCUUUGUAUAUUAUUGUUUAAUAUCUAAAUAAAUGGCAAUAUUACCCGAAUAAUCCUCUUAUUCAUUAAUG